UAACAAUUAAUUUUAUGAAGGAUGAUUUCUUUCAACAAGAUAGGAAAGUUUCUCAGAGCAGGGCGACUUCACACGCUACCUACAAGUCUGUUCCCCGCUGCAGUGGGGUAUCUGUUUGCUGAGGAGAGCGGUAGUAGUUUCGGUAUUCUGUGUUUUGUCAGUAUGGCUAUCAUCGUUUUACAUGUAGCUUGUAACCUACUCAACACUUACUAUGACUUCAAAUACAAGAUAGAUGAUGCUGACAACUGUCACGAUGAAACUAUAGUAAAAGAACUUUUGCACGAAGAUGAAGUUAUAAACGGAGCUUGGCUCUGUCUGGCAUUCUCCAUGAUGUUCUUUGGCAGUGGAGUCGUCAUGAUACGAUCUGCCCACCUCAUACCUUAUGUCUUAUUCUUCAAAACAAUAUUCAUCGGAUUCAACUAUUCCACUGGGUUAAAGUUCAAGCACAACUGCCUGGGAGAGUUUGUUACAUACAUUACAUUUGGUCCGAGUGUGGCUACCUUCGUGUUCUCCUGUUUAUCAGGAGGGAAGUUCUCUGGGGAGGUGAUAGUUGCGUCAAGUUCUCUGGGUAUUGCUGUUGCUGCAGUACUGUUUGCACGCAAUGUUAGAAGUGCAGGACAUGAUUUGAAGUGUGGUGUAAGAACAGUUGCUAAUCAGCUUGGUCUCCAGAACUCUCUUAACCUAUACUCACUCCUGCUUCUCAUGCCAUAUGUUCAGGUAACGGGUUUUGCUAUCCUGUACCAACAUCUGGAGCUGAUACUGAUCUGGAUCCUUGCUCCUGUUACCCUCUACUUUGCUUAUUAUCCUCAUCGUUCAGGUGUUACUGAUGGUAUCAGUGCACUGUGGGACAGAACAGUUGUUAACUUCCAUCUGUUUGCGUCGUAUUACUUGUGUCUGCUGUAUUAUGUACUGGAUUAAAGUGUGAUUACUGUUGACGGUUGAUAGGAUUUAAGGGAUAGUAUCUUUCUAGUAACAAUAUCUCCGACCUUUGAAUUUUGUGCACUACCCAAGCAAUGUUGAAACUUAUUUUAGAAAUUAUUGAUAAAACCUCAUUUAUACGGCGAAGGACUCUCGGCAAUUUGUUUGGUUUCAAUCAGCAAAAAGCGUUAAAAACAACUAACCUAUUUAUAUAUUGAGAAGAUUUUGCAUAUUUAUCGAGAAUAUUUUCAUUAUUAUUUUAAGCUGUCGUCAAAUCGCGCUGGACGCUAGCAUGGGUUUUUUGACAUUAUUUUUAUUCGAUUUAGAUUCUAUUUUUAUUAUCAAUACAGUUAUUGUUUAAAUAAUUUUUGAGAGCUUAAUUGGGUUAAUUGCUUGGUGCAGUUAAUUAACGUCCGGAACAAUUUUUUAAUAGAAUUGAUAUAUUUUCAAAUGUGUGCACAAGUUUAAGGUUUCAACAGAGAUUUGCAUACACUAAUGUUCAGUCACCCGCAUAUUAUUCGUGCAUAUUUAUUUUACACUACUGCACUUAAUUAACAAAGUAUUUUUACUAUUUUCUUACUUUCUAAAUUUAAGUUUCUAGAUUUUUAGUAAAUUUUGCUUCAAUUUUGUACUAAAUGAAAUAUUUAUUACCUUAGAUAUAAUGAUAUUACUUUAAGAUAAUAAUGAUAACAUAGAUUUGAAUAAAUAAUUUUAUAUGAUUUACCCGCAUUGCAUGAUAUCAUAAAUAUUUAUUAUUAUUUAU